AUGGACCCAAUUAAGACACGGAGUCUGGAGGUCACCGUUAUAUCCGGAGAGAACCUUUGCAUCGUUCAGAAACCGGUGACGGAGGACGUGUAUGUGGUGGUCCGGACGGAGUCGUUAAAGUGCUGGACCACGAAAAUGGCGAAGCAAGGAGGAGAGAGCUUAAGUUCAGGGCACAGCACUACAUGGAACGAGAGGUUGAUGGUGGAGGCGCCAUUGCAUGCAAAGUCUAUUACAUUCGAAGUUCAGUGUAAGACGUCGAAAGGUUUGGUUCGACCCAUUGGGUUGGCCAGAAUAGCCAUUUCGGAUGUGGUGCCAAAGGACGAGGCAUGUUCGGAGGUGUUGAAUUAUAGGCUGAGGAAUUGGGAAGGAAGGAGAAGCGGGGGGUGA